AUGAAAAAAAAAACUACACUCAACCUGUUAUUUCUACUAAAAAUUCUGACAUCGCCAUGGACGACCUUGCGCAACGCUCACGACAAGGCAAGAGACAAAUUGUUACAGGAAGAUUUGAUUUUGGUUGAUGACCUGGCCAAGCACCCAACAACCACCCAUAACGCACGUGGCGAGCUCAAGUUUUAUUUGACGAGGGCAAAACAGAAAAAAAUUCAUGUUGGCCUCACAGCAUCUGAAUUUCAAAAGUACCGCAACUAUCUGGAGGAUAAAAGAAUGAACAAGCUGGUGAAGUUGAAGAAGGAAGAAAAGAAAGAGAAAAAGAAAGAAAACUUGUUGCUCUAUGAACAACGUAUGAAAGUAGCAAUGGCCGAAAAGGAGGAGGAAACAAAGAAGCAGGAGGAAGAAUCGCCGAUGUCUGAGGACUCGCAAGUAGUAAUAAAAUUGUAUUAG